UGCCCUGCCUUUAGUUCCUGCAUUUAUUCUGGAGAGCUUUUAAAACAGGCAGCAUCCAAACGUCUCACCGCCAGCUUACAAUACAUCCUGUAAUGAGACAGCUCAACGGCUACCGGGCUCAUCUGUGUAAAGAUACCGCUUGAAAGACACAGCCUGACGACUGGGGAGGAAAAUGAAGACACAUUUCUUGUGCCUUGCUUUCGUAUGGCUGCUGUCACUGAAAGAAAGCAGCGCAGUGACAUCUGGUCUGGAUCACAACCUCACCACUGUGACAGCAGGUGGGGUGACCUCAACAAGGUUUUCUCAGGACCAGCAGACAAUGCAGCAGAUGUCCAACUUGGAUCGGCAAUCAGAGACCUCGGGUUUGAAUAUCACACCGUCAACCAUCGUUGAUGUAAAAACAAGCAUGGGCAUGACUCAAGCAUCGACUCACGCAAGAUCUCUAAUGAAUACUCAAACAGCAGGGACUCCAAUCGGUAACAGAUCUCAUGAUUCAAACGACUCUUUGGGAACAACAACAGUCAAAUCUGAAACCAUAUCAACACCAACCAUGUUUCCAACCCAUGAAGCCAGCAACCCAACCACACCUCCAACAGUACCACCAAUGGUAAGCAACCCAAGCCAAACCCAAAGCACUGGAAAGAUAUCAACCUCUCGAGUCAGCCGAGAUGAAACGACUUCCAGGUCUUCACCUCCAACACAGUCAAUCCCAACCUCUACUGUCACUGCUUCUAUCAAGCCUAAAGACCAGGCUACAAGUACACAUCCGGUUACAGGUGGUGAUGCUGCACGGCCCUCAACUACAAUCACACACAUCACCAAACCAAUAAAAGACCAUUCAGACAAUACAAGCAACCACAGCAAAAUAGUGGCAGGGCUAAUAGGUGGAGCCCUGUCACUGAUGAUGGUGGGAUUCCUGGUCAUCUACAUCAAGAAGAGACAGUUUCAGAAACAGCAGACAACUACCGACUGGGCCGGUCCUUCUCCGUUUUUAUCGGGCGAAGAUAACAGUCAGGUUACGCUCAGGUCAUCUAACCGAAUUUCUCUGUCCAGCUUCCUGCCUCAGAGACUGUCUAAAAGAUUGUCAUUGCUUCCGGAAAUGGAUAAGGAGUUACAAGACAUGACUCCAAGUAAAACAUUUGAAGGUAAACAUCAAGAGAACACGUUUGGUCAAGCAGUGGAUGGAAAAGAUGCACAAGCCAAGAAUGGGUCUCCUGCAGUGACUCAGGAAAAUGGCAUCUCAGAAACCAACAAUGUCCAGCAAACAAAUAACUCAGAGGCAGCAAACCUCAGUCAAGGUGAACCUGAGCAGCCCUCAAACCCCUCUGGAGGUGAGGAAAAUGCUCAGGCAAAAAGUGAAUGAUGAUCACGUUCAACCAUAUAACGGAUCCAGUUUCUUCUCUGUUGCUACACUUGCAUCGUUUUUGAGGCUGAGACAAAAACAGGAAAAUGACUCGUAAUGUGGGAGGAAAUUAUGAUGACAGGCAGUGAUCAAGGACUACUGCAAUGUGUCAUGAGCUUUACUAUUUGUGCUAAAGUACUACAUUUUAAAAAAGUUUCUACUGCAAUUUCAUAAAAAGGGUUUUAACCCUUUCAGUGAGAAAUAUACCACUCACCACGGCAGAUUUCUUUUUUAUAUUCUUUUGUUUUGCUCUGUAAAAUAGUCUAACACAGAUUACUGUUCACGUGUUUUUUUUCUCCCCACUCAUAUUUCCUUUGAGCCCUGUCUUGUUGAAAUUAGUUAGAUGUAAUCUAUCUUUACAAAUUAGGUGCAAAGGGGCUGUCUUUGAAUGUGUUGUGCAGCUAAUAGAAAAGCAGAAGGAAAUGUGUGAACAGUUUUCUGUUCAACAGAAAGGCCAGCUCAUUUUUUUCAAAUUAAAUUCCUGUAAAUGCCAUCCACUAUGUUUGCAUGCUCUACAGUUUAGAUUAUCUGUGAUAA